AUGUCGGCUAGAAAUGCAGAGAAAGCCAUGACGGCCUUAGCAAGAUUUCGCCAAGCUCAGCUAGAAGAGGGAAAAGUGAAGGAACGAAGACCCUUUCUUGCCUCAGAAUGUACAGAACUGCCCAAAGCUGAAAAGUGGAGACGGCAGAUUAUUGGAGAGAUCUCUAAAAAAGUGGCUCAAAUUCAAAAUGAAAGUCUGUCCUUUUGUGAAAAGAAAGUUGGCCCUAAAAUGCUGGAUCAUGAAGGGAAAGAAGUCCCAGGAAAUCGAGGUUACAAAUACUUUGGAGCAGCAAAAGAUUUGCCUGGUGUUAGAGAGCUGUUUGAAAAAGAACCUCUUCCUCCUCCAAGAAAGACACGAGCUGAACUCAUGAAGGCGAUUGAUUUUGAGUAUUAUGGUUACUUAGAUGAAGAUGAUGGUGUUAUUGUGCCUUUGGAACAGGAAUACGAAAAGAAACGUAGAGCCAAAUUAGUGGAAAAGUGGAAAACAGAGAAAGAGGCCCAGUUGGCAAGAGGAGAAAAGGAGGAGGAAGAGGAGGAGGAAGAAGAGAUCAACAUCUAUGCUGUCAACGAGGAGGAGUCUGAUGAGGAAGGCAGCCAGGAGAAAGGAGGUGAAGAUGGACAGCAGAAGUUCAUCGCUCACGUCCCAGUACCGUCGCAGCAAGAGAUUGAGGAGGCGCUUGUACGAAGGAAAAAGAUGGAACUCCUUCAGAAGUAUGCAAGUGAGACCUUGCAGGCCCAGAGUGAAGAAGCCAAACGGCUCCUGGGAUAUUAG